CGUCGAUAUAUAGAAUUAGCGCGACUAAAAACUUUUAACGCCGUCCUCCGUACAUAUACGUACGUUACGGAGCAUACUCGCACUGAGGACUCUGUGGGUGUCAGGGACUCUCGCGAGACGGUCAGGGGGCCUUGCAAGAAAACAGGAUGAGAGGUUUGCCAUCGGCCGGCAAUGUUGCAUAGGACAUAGGUUCCAGAUGAUGUAUCAUCCAUCAUCCGCUCCCUCGGCCGAGACGCAUGAUAAUUGCCGUCAAUUGUCCAGUCCAUAUCACUCAUCUUUUCCCCCUCGUGCGAACGUCGUGUGUCUCUUGUACCAGCUUCUCGACACCAACAGCUGCUUUUAGGCAGCACACACUACUCCCAAACAUGGCGCUCCAAGCGGUCGACUUCCCGGUGAAGCCGAUUGUCAAGAUACACAUGAUCAUCAACUGCGUCCUCGUCGUCAUCACGCUCGCCGUCGUCGUCCUGCGCAUCCUCUCCCGCCUCUCGACGUCCGCCCAGCUCGGCUGGGACGACUACCUCAUCCUCCUGUCCACGCCGCUGGGCCUCGGCAUGCUCACCAUCCAGGGCCUCUACCUGCCCAUGGGCGUGGGCUAUCCCCUCGUCGAGACCCAGGCCAACCUAAAGGUCAUCCUGCAGCUCAUGAUCUCGUACGCCCUCACCUACACGGUCGCCAUCAGCAUCAUCAAGAUCAGCGUCUUGCUGUUCUACCUGCGGGUCUUUGUCGGCAAACGCUUCCGCCGCGUCACCUUGGUCGUCAUGGGCUUUGUGUGUCUCUACACCCUGGCCAACGUGCUGCUCCUCGCCCUCAUGUGCCGUCCCUUUGCCGGUAACUACGAUCUGACCAUUCCGGCCACCUGCGCCGACCGGCCCAAGGUGUUCAUCGCGAUUGGCGCCUACAACAUUGUCUCGGACGUGGUCAUCUUGUUGCUCCCCAUCCCCAUGAUCUGGCGUCUCAAGACCGGGCGCGAGGUCAAGGUUGGCCUGACUGGCGUCUUCCUCAUUGGUCUGGUUGUCUCGGGCGUCGCCGUCGGCCGCAUCUUCACACUCACAUCCCUCCAGUUAGAAAACAUCACCCAGACCAUGGUCUGGGUCGACUUCCUCUCCACGACAGAGGUCAACCUCGCCAUCCUGUGCGUCUCGCUACCCAUGCUGGGCCCCCUCGUCGGCCGUCUCCGCAAGCGCCGGGGCGCCUCCAAGCUCAGCGCCACGCCGGAUAAGAACUGUGACUUUGCCUCGAGCAAGGUGAGCGACAACAAGAUGCGCAGGCAAGGAGGAGGAGGCGGCGGCAGUGGCGGGUCCGGGCUGCGUAGGAUGGGCGACGAUACCAUCAUGAUGGACACCAUCUACGAUCCUGACGACAGUCAUCAUCACGACGCGAAGGCCAUGGCUGAUAACGGUCGGCAUACAGAUGGCAAACCGGCCGUCUCGAGCGAGGCGGAGAGCUAUGACGGCAGCGAGGCCAGUCUGCGGCGUGGCAACAGCGGGAUGAAGAAUAAUAUCGUGGUGCAGACACAAUAGAACGUCAAUUGAACAUCAAAAUAGCAGAAUACAAGCAGCCA